AUGGCAUCACAUCGAACAGACAUCGGACGUGAAGACAAAUUCUUGUCGGAGCAUGAACUUUAUGAAUUCCGAUUUCUCACUUCAGUCUUAUCCUGGACAAACAACAUUGACAAGUCUGCUGGCCACACCAGAGUCAAUAAUCCAGCCUCGCGACACGCACCACUGUACAGGUUCACCGCCGAUCUAGCAGAUUUGCUCGUCCGUCACUUGGAGAUUGUUGCGGUAACAGCUUCGGACGAAAAGAACCUCCUCGCAGUAUAUGACAACAGUGGAGAUGCAGAACUAGAUCCCCAAGAAGAUGAGGAGGUGAAUGUUACCCAGAAUCUGCAAGACUUUAACCGAGGUGCAGAGUCGGGAGACAAGGGAGAGCAUCCACCCGUUAAAAUCAAUUCCACUUCGACUGCGACGACUUCUGCGGACGCCCCAUCGACCUCUGCAGGGAGAUGGCUCCUCCGUGUGACCUUAGCUCAUCCUGUCGCCCAGAAAUUUCCGAAGACCAAUGUCACUUUUGGUACGCAUUUUACAAACAUCGUGAAACUCGCCCAAGCCACGUACACCGCCGGCGACAAGAAGGCUGCUCGCACCCUACUCAACAACUACAUCCUCUUGUCUUCCAGUGCAAAGAUCAUGGUGCGGAUCAGGAAGGGAAUGCCGAAGGCUCGAAACUUGUACGAGUUCCUCACCAAGCCAGGAAGCGACCUGAUGCAUGGACUUCGGAAGACCGAGCUGGACUUUUCGAUCAUCCUAAGAAUCGUCGCCAGCGAAGAUACCCUCGGAAAGACGCUCACUCAACGCGAACAGAGUGUCAUCAAAGAAACUAUGCAGCUUCUAAAAGUUAAAUCUGAAGCCAACUUGGGUGUCCUUACCAAUUACGACGCGAAGGUAGUUGUGAAGACCAAGACGCUGUACGAACCCAUGAGCAAGAUCGCAGAUGAACUCGCAAUCAACGAGGCGAUGUCAUACAACGAGCAAACGGCAGAGUUCCUACAGUCGAUGCUCAGCGCGGUCUUGAUCAACGUGAAGGGAAGCUUCAAGGCCCUAACGUUUGCCAAGCGUCAAGCGCAACUGUACAAAGCUGGCAACUACGAUUUGGCAUUGGCAAAUGACCCAGUCGUAAGCCAAUACAUACAGGACUCUGGUCACUCCCUCGACAAACUGGCCACCGAAGCAGGCUUAUGGUUACACGUACUGACAGUAUGCAAACAAGUUUUGCGGGAGUAUUUGAAAGCCAAUCUCCGACUCAUUCGUGUUGUCUACGCUCUCAAAAACGUUCGCAGGCUCAAAGUCUUGGACAAGCAAAAGCACCAGAUGGUAGACCCUGAGGUUGCAGAUCUCGAUUCAAUUUCCGCGAAGAAGCAAUGGGAGGACGCAGCCAUGGCCUGGAUCGAUCUUAUCUGUCUCUAUCAGACAGCCUUUAUGAGCCUAAGCUGUGCCGAAGAGCCAACGCAACGCAAUAAGGGCUAUGAGUUAUACCUAUUCGCUGCUAACUUCCGAUAUCUCGAGGCAUCUACGAGCCAAAUGGACAAACGGCUGUUCUUCACCAAAUAUCUGAAAGAGUUCGAGAAAUGUCCGGGCGAACUUCUUACAAAUGCUGAAGUCCAGACCAUCCGACAGUGGUUGCUAACCGACGGACAUGGCUUUGGUUCUGGUGUCACUUCCAAAUUCGAGAAUCCGACGCUCGAGAUGAAGAAUUUCUCAGGUACAUACCAUUGCGAGACAACGCUGAUUUGCCUCUACUUGCUCGGUCGCAAACGCGACUACUUCGUGGACAAGGAUGCCGAUGCUGAUUUACCCGAGAACCUCCACCAUUACCUACGCUUACCUCCCAAGAGUAUAACUGAUACCAUGCGGAAAGCAAUGGAUGUGUUGCCAGUAUCCAAGCGUUGUUGCCCAGCGUGCCAUGCCUUGGUGCGAUAUCUGGUAACAUAUCACAAGUGCAAUCUCAUGUAUGCCGGUAACCACGCUGUAUGGUUUGCAGCUGCUCUCCCGCCCUGGAUCCCCAAACCUGCCGGUCUUUAUGUUUUGGCGGAAGCUAGAAGGGCCCUCGGUCUCCGGGUCCAGAAAAUCUUGAAAGGAGAGACAGUCCCACCAGGCUCAGACGAUAGCUGGAGAACCGACGAAACCUCACAUCACUUUUCGACUUCUCUGCCGCAGCCUGGAGCCUACAGCUCUCCGCGACUGCCCACGGUCGUUGAAGGCUGGAUAUAUCCGUCAAGCAAAGCGCGAGCCAAAUGUUACGAUUGCGACGGGCGGAUCGCGGGCAUCUACUCACGCUAG